GAACUACCACUCAUCACAACUACCUGAUUCCACAAAAAAAGUGAGAAUGUGUGGUCUCCCUUGUGCCUACGCGUCUCUUCCUUCGCAGGCUCUAGGUGCCUCGGCAACUUGGGCACGAAUGAACAAGAACCUCCUAGAGAUGGAGAUCCACGACACAGAGCAAAUGCAGUGUUUCUCACGCCUACCUCAUGUAGAACCCCCCAUCUUUGUCUGGCCAGUGAUGUUCUCUACAGGAAUCGCCUUGAAGGCGCUGCGCGAUGACGUUGAUGACUUCUUUGGUAAGGUAUACAAACCAAUGCUAUUGCCUGCAUAUUUGGGCGACGAGGACACAACCGGCGCAGGUCGUAGUGUUGAAAGCGGACAGGAGAGUACGACACAAUCUUUAGAUGAAAGUCCUAGCAAAACUCCUUUUAUGAAGGGUUUCCGAAUUGCAUUCCUCACUACCAUCCUUGACUCUUUUCCUGGCAGAAAAGAGGCCAGGGAUCUUCUGAAGAAUGUAAUUCCGUUGUAGCCUCUAAUUCUUUCGAUGAAAGUACUAGCAAAACUCCUUUUAGGGAACAACCUGGCCCGCCUAUCCGAAGUAUCUCCGACUACACAUUGGAUGCUGCAUAUGUGCUAACCGACCCAGAAGAUCCUCUUAGGAUGAGAAAGAUCCGCUUUGCGCGUGUAGACCAAGUACAGCAUCUGAGCAUCGUGAAGCAUUUACUACUGCAUACACCUAAGAAUCAUGAUCAUGAGGGCAAUGUACAACAAGUAGCAGAGAGUAAAACUACAAGUGCUAGUGCCGAUGCAUCUUCUACCAGUGACGCUGGGCAAGGAGUCAAUGUAGAACUAGAAAAGCAGGAGCCACCUUACUACGUCCCACAUCCGCAUUCAGAUCGACUUUUGCCGCCUUUCAUCAACCAGAUCGUUGAAUUCGGUGGAGGGACAGGCGAGCUAGUGUCUUUAGUGACAGAAGAAGCUGAAUGGCACAAGGAGAAGACUGGAACAAAGACUGGCUUAUUUCCACGAUACAUCAUUUAUGACACACCGCCGAUGACGUUCUUCCAGAAAUAUUUUCUACGUCUCAGCGGAAUACCCGCGCUUCUGGCCUCACAUGAGAAUAAGAAACUACUCAAUACUGGUGCAUCGCCAGUAGAUGGGAGCGACGUAAGGCGUCACAAAGAGCAAGAAGACGCUACAACUACAACUACUAAGACAAAACUAGACGAUGAACUCAACAUCUAUCUCUUGCCGAGCACAGAGUUUCCACAAGACCUAGAUUUAUUCCGCCACUACGUGGACAAAAAAGCUCUCGAUACAACCCUGUGCUUUGCGUCCUUUUCACUCUCUGAGGCACCGAUCCCCACAAGGAAACGCUUUCUCAACGCACUGAUACCCAGGUCAAAGAGUCCAGUAGCCACUACUCAGCAAAGUGAGAGUUCCUCAGUGGAAGCAUCAACCUUACUACCCUCUAGUUCUGCCAGUACUUUCACCUACGGCGCUUACCUUUUCGUCCUUGGAGACACGUUCGAUAGUAUGCGAUGGGACACGAUGAUAAAUUUGAAACAUGAGUUCUUUGAUGUCCAUGGGUUUGAGACCUGUUCCUGGCGUAUGGAUAAGCACGGCCGCAUUGGAGGAAAAGCACCUAUCGCCUACUACUUUGUCGCUGUGCGGAAGGGUGUCUGGCAUGAAUGGGCAAAAGUACUACAGGGCUUGCUGGGAAAUAGUACUACAAUAGACUAUCUCCCGAGAGAAUUGCGUUGUGAAGCCAUGAUAGGAUGCACAGAAAGAACAGUUGUACCGGAAUUGUCAACGUGUCGACCACCUUAAGUUAUGAUUGAUGUAAACACGUGAUCACAGAUGAGAGCCAACUCAUCUACGUCGAUGAU